GCACGCGGAUCGACUUCUUUCCGAGCUCGCUGGAGGACAUGGCGGAUGUUACAGUGGUGAACGAGGAGAAACUCAGCAAAAAGUCUGGUCAUUGAGCGGUGUAGCUCAGUAUGCUGUGUCUGGUCAGAAUAGCCAGGCAGCAGCUGUGCCGAGCCUUUGGAGGCAGGGGACAUUGGCUAAAUUAUGCACCUCCAUGUAGAGCUGCAGUUCCAGCUCAAAUUGUCGGGAACCGUUGGAGAGGUGACAAAAGUGAGCUGAAAAGACGAAUGAAAGCAGAAAAGAAGGCAGCUGAGAAAGAAGCCAAGGCCAAAGAGCAGGUGGAGCACACGGAGACCAAUGAUCAUGGAGCAGUCAAUACCUGUGGAUUAGACGAAGAGACACUUGACCCACAUCAAUACUUCAAGAUACGUUCCCAAGCUAUCCAAGAGUUAAAAGGCACAACUGAGGACCCGUACCCACACAAAUAUCAUGUGGACUUGUCACUCACAGAGUUCAUCGAAAAAUAUAACCAUCUACAGCCUGGAGAACAGUUAACAGAUAUUGUUCUCAAUGUGUCAGGUCGAAUCCACGCAAAGAGGGCUUCUGGUGCCAAGCUACUUUUCUACGAUCUGCGAGGUGAAGGUGUUAAGCUGCAAGUCAUGGCAAACUCAAGGCACUUCAAGUCUGAGGAGGACUUCGUGGCCAUCAAUAACAAGCUGAGGCGUGGUGACAUAGUUGGUGUCCAUGGUAACCCAGGAAAGACAAAAAAGGGGGAGUUGAGCAUCAUUCCCAGUGAGAUGAUUCUGCUGUCACCUUGUCUGCACAUGUUGCCCCACCUCCACUUCGGCCUCAAAGACAAGGAGACACGAUACCGUCAACGCUACUUGGAUCUGAUUCUCAAUGACUAUGUGAGGCAGAAGUUUAUAACUCGCUCCAAAAUCAUUACAUACAUACGCACCUUCUUGGACCAGCUUGGAUUUUUGGAGAUUGAGACCCCAAUGAUGAACCUUAUUCCUGGGGGAGCCGUGGCCCGUCCGUUUGUAACUUACCAUAAUGAGCUGGAUAUGAACCUAUACAUGAGGAUUGCUCCUGAGCUCUACCACAAGAUGCUUGUGGUUGGUGGGAUAGACAGGGUGUACGAGAUUGGUCGUCAGUUCAGGAAUGAGGGCAUUGACCUUACUCACAAUCCAGAGUUCACCACCUGUGAGUUCUACAUGGCAUAUGCAGAUUAUCAGGAUUUAAUGGAAAUCACAGAGAAACUGCUUUCCGGAAUGGUGAAGCACAUCACUGGAGGGUACAAGGUGACUUACCACCCCGAUGGCCCGCAAGCACAAGCCUGUGAGAUUGACUUCACACCACCUUUCAAAAGAGUUAGCAUGACACAUGAGCUGGAGAAAGUUAUGGGAGUCAAAUUCCCGCCUACUGACACCUACAACAGUGAGGAGACACGUAAAUUCUUUGACGAUUUGUGUGUCCAGAAAGGAGUGGAAUGCCCUCUGCCCAGAACAACGGCCCGUCUCCUAGACAAACUGGUUGGCGAUUUCCUGGAGGUCACUUGUAUCAGCCCGACUUUCAUCUGUGAUCACCCACAAAUCAUGAGCCCAUUAGCAAAAUGGCACAGAUCACAGAAAGGCCUCACAGAGCGUUUUGAACUCUUUGUUAUGAAGAAAGAAAUCUGUAAUGCCUACACCGAGUUGAAUGAUCCGGUUCGACAAAGGGAGCUGUUUGAGCAGCAAGCUAAGGCCAAAGCUGAGGGUGACGAUGAGGCCAUGUUUAUUGAUGAGAGUUUCUGCACAGCACUGGAAUAUGGUUUGCCACCAACUGCUGGGUGGGGCAUGGGUAUUGAUCGCCUCACAAUGUUGCUCACUGAUUCCAACAAUAUCAAGGAGGUGUUGCUCUUCCCAGCUAUGAAACCGGAUGACAAUAAGACAUCAGCACCCGCAGAGGACGCCUCUUUGACGACCUGAGCAGGCGUGCAUAAGGAGCAAAGCCUCACCCUGGCCCUCAUUGGUGUUUGGUGAUCUGUCAGUGGCUCUGGUUUUUCAACAUGGACCAUGCAGAUACUAUUCUU